AUGGCGCUUCUGAAAACCCAAUCAGUCUCUCGUUACAUUCUGUAUUUUAUAUUCAUCGGCAAUUAUUGUGUGUCCGGCGGAGGAGCGGUCGAAUUUCCGGCGCCGACAGUCCAUGAAAUUCUCCAUCUAUACGGGUUUCCAAGGGGACUAAUGCCCCGUUCUGCCAAGGGCUACACUUUGUCCGCCGACGGAACUUUCGAAGUGGAGCUUGAAGGGAUCUGCUAUGUCCAGUUCAAGGAGCAGCAUCUCGUCUAUUUUGAUAAAGUGAUUAGAGGGAAGCUCAAGCAUGGCUCUGUUUUCAUUAUGUCAGGGAUCCAGACAAAGAAGUUCUUCUUUUGGGUUCCCAUCACCGGAAUCUAUGUCCAGGAGAUAACCGGAAUGCUUGACUUCCACGUCGGACCUCUGUCGGAGAAGAUCCCGGCCAAGCAGUUCGACAAAAUUCGCAAUUGUCUGAAGAAAGGUGAAAGGAAAUGGAAUGAAAUCGGAGGAGGAGGAGUUGAAUCAAUCUAG